GAAUCCGCAGUUCGCCGUUCUUGUCAAUGAUCGUUGUGUCAUCAUCGUGUUGGCGCAUUCGGUUGCAGUCUUGUGCUCAACCUGGCGAUCAAACCGCAGCACAAACCUUACAUAACGCGUGCUACAGCGCUGGAGUUUAGCUGGCAUACGGCCGCCCCCCACUCGACCACCGCAUUUGUCCAGAGUCAGUCUAGUCGUUCUGCCUGUGUAACGCGCUACGCUUCUGCUGGAAUGUUACUAGGAAUGCAAAAAUUUGCGAAGCCAGCCUGGCGAUAGGGUGCCCCGUUGUUGGAGGACAAGGCCCGCGGAACCACCGACGUCGGCCAAAAGCCAUUCUCUGUCAGAAUGUCGAGCGUGGCGGGUCGCGGUUCAAGCUAUGCAGGUUCCAGCGCAUCAUCGGCGUCGUCAGCGUCGCAGCGUGUCCGGCACGCUAACCAGCAGCAGGAUGGGCAUGGACAUGAUAUGCUUGACAGACGCUCAACACUUGAGAAUGGCGUGUUUGGAGUGUUGUUCACCCUGAGCAAGGAGAACAGCGAGACGCGCAUCCGCAUCCGCUGGGUGCUUCUGAAGAUUCUGCUGGAUGGCUGGCAGCUGUUCGCCACCGUCAUCCAGCCCGCCAAGCAGGGCUGGGACAUCGACCCAAACGGCGCGGCCUGGUCGGUGGUUGGUGUGCUCAACUUCACCUGGCUCGGCGACCUGAGCUACAGCGCCUACCUGGCCCUGCUAUAUGCCGCGGUGGCGCUGCUGGUGAUGAACAUCGGGCUGUGCGUGUGGGUGGCCUGGUGCUUCAAGGAGCAGAAGUUCCCGGUAGUGUGGCCGAUCAAGGUGCUCCGCGUGUUCAGCUCCGUCUUCUUCCAGGCCUUCGAUGUGGCAUCCCUGAACCUGCUGCAGCUCGGCAUCAGCUGUCGCUUCACUGGCCCAGUCGCGCCGCACAUGUACAUGGACCUGUUUCCCGUGUACAGCUGCGCGUCUUCGCCUCACCUGAUCCACGCUGUGGUCUCUGGCAUAUUCCUGCUUCUAUUCGUGGCCAUCGCCUUGCUCCUUAAUAUGGCAGAGGUUGAGGUGAACCCUCUGGGCCGUCGGCCCAUGGCCCUGGGCCACAGCGGCGCGGAGGUGAUGGCGUUCGCGGUCAAGGCGCUGCUGACCCUGGUGGACGUGUUCCUGGGCUGGCGCAAGGUGGCGGCGUGCGCCUACCUGGCUCUGUCGCUGGCGCUGGUGUGGCAGUACCUGCGAUGGAACCCCAACCUGGUGGCAUGGGUGAACUACCUCAAGUCGGGCGUGUCGACCUCAAUUGUGUGGUGCUGCAUCACGUUGAUGCUACUGGUGUUUGCUCCGGGCGUCAAGCAGUCGGAGCUGAGCGGCUGGUCCAGUGCCAUGACCAUCACCAUGCUGGCGGGCCUGGCGCCGGCGUUUGGUGUGGGGGCGGCCAUGUCCUGGUUCUUCAUCCGCAAGAUGACCACUACCGCGCUGCAGGCCAUGGCGAACGCCAAGCCCGACCAGCCGCUGCAAGAUAUUUGUGACAACCUGGAUGACCCCCGGGACGUGGAGAUCGUGGCUCGCUGUGCGCGUGUGUGGCGCGACCGCUACACACUGGCACCCGAAGCAGUGCAGAAGGCGCACAACAUCAUUAAGGCCGGCCUAGCCAUGUUCCCCGGCAGCGCCUACAUGGUGCUGCUGCAUGCCAACUUCAUGAUCGAUGUGCUGGGGGUCAGCCAGAGCGGCGCGCGACGCAUCGAGGACGCGCGCAAGCUCAGCCCCAGCCUUCUUGUUCGGUUUAUGAUGUUUGUUCGACAGCAGCAGGCCACGCAAAAGGCGGCGGGCAGUCACGCCAACGACGGCGUAAGCAUGGACCUGCUUGGCUAUGUGGAGUACCAGCGCAAGCAGCGCAUGGUGGUGCGGCUCCACCGCGAGGCGCUGCAGGCCAUGUGCAACUUCUGGAAAGCGCUGGACGCGUCACGCGUGUCCUUUACGCACCUCAGCAAGGCCCUGGGCAAGAUUGAGAGCUCGGUCUCUCAGGCCCAGGCCGCGUAUCGCGUUGUGCUGGAGAGCUACGGAACCAGCCCCAAGCUCAUCCGGCUGUACGGCAAGUUUCUGGAGAGGAUAAAAAACGACCCGUGGGGCGCAGCUGAGUACUUCGCAGAGGCCGAUCGCCUGGAGGAGGUCAAGAACGGAGACGCGCGUGGCCCACUGCUGCCAGACGGCACCCCCCUGGGCCGGAUGGACGAGAUGGCUGCGGCUGUGCUGGUCAUCAACGCCACUGGCGAGAUCCAGAUGGCCAACAAGCAGAGCCACAUCCUGUUCGGACACAAGCGCGGCACGCUCGAGGCCAAGCCCCUGGCGAUGCUGCUGGCGCCACAUUGCGCGCGACGCGUGGCGGAGGAGCUGGCGCGCAUGGUCGCGAGCACCAGCGUCACUGCCCUGGUGAACGGGGGCCAGUCUGACAGCGGCAGGACCGCAGAGGCCACAAGCCAUGACGGCCCAGAUCUGGUUGUGGUGGCCAUGCACUUCGACCGCGUGGCAUUCUCAGUCAACCUCUCCCUGCGCAAGGCUUCAGGCGUUGGCGAGGACUCCACCUUCAUCGCGCUGCUGGAGCCGACCCCGCCUGUGCCCAACAUGGCCAGGAUGUGGGUGUCCCCCAACGGCAUCGUGGCGGCGGUGGACCCCCAGUUCGUGGCCAACUUCGGCUGGAGGGCCACCGAGGUCAACGGUUCCAACCUGACCGCACUCAUGAUGGUGCAGGCCACGGACUCCAUGGCGGCCGGUGAUGGUCGUAAGGGUGGUGACGAGGAAGUGGCCAUCGCGAAUACUGUGACGGAGAGCGCCAGCGACACAGUCAAGAGGCUGCUCAAGCUGGUUAAGGUCAACGGUGAUGAAGAGGGCGCAAAGCCCAUCAAGGGCCUAUACUGCUUGUUGGCCCAUAAGUACGACAGCCAACCGGUCCCCUGCACCGUCACGGUUAUCGAGAACAUCUCUGCCGACAUCUCGGUCCACGAGCUGCGGCUGCAGCUGUCGUCCGACGACCCGGCCCAGCUGCUGGUGGUGAACCGCAAGGGCGUCAUCCUGCACGCCUCGACGGGGGUGGCCAGCGCGCUCAAGGACUCCGUGGCCGUUGGUGGGGCCACCAGCUCAGGACCGCGCUUCGGCGGCGUGACUGGGAGUCUUCCGGGGCAGAUGGGUGGCGCUUCAGCGUUAGCACCCACUACCCAAAACAGCGGCACGGGGAUGGUGUUUGGCGCCGACCUGCUGACUGGCUUCACGCUGUACGAUUUCCUGCCGGCGCCGUGGAAGGACAUGCACGUGCGCUUCCUCAAGGACAUCACCUCCUCCUCGCCGCCCACACGCUCCCUGUGGUCGUGCCGCAAGGCCGCGCCGCAACCCACCCUGGAGCUCCGCACCAUGACCGGGCGCCCGCUGUACAUGCAAGUCUCCAUCACCAGUGGCGACCUGAACGGCGAGUCCACCCACGUCAUCGGCCUACAGAGGUCCUCGCUGGACACCGCCCUUUCUGAGCGCCGCGUGCGCCUGACGGUGUCGGAUGACGGCCUUGUGUCCGCCACCAGCCAGGGCCUCGCCCUGCAGGUGCUCAGUCUGGAGCCCAGCCGGCUGGUCGGUCGCGGCUUGUGGGAGGUUGUGUCCGAGCCGCUGGCGACCGACGCAAUGGACGUGAAUGCACGUGCAACCACACCCGUCGGCCCACGCAUGCUUGGCGGGCUUAUCACCAGGGCUCUUGCCAGCCCUGGCGCCAGUUGGCGUGUGGACGUGUCGAACCCGCUGCCUCGCAACAUGGGCGGCCAGCAGUCCACGAAUGCCCGCGCAAAGCCAGCCGUGAUGCAGGUUCACGUGGAGCCGCCGUCUGACGAGGAGGCGGCUGCUGGCCAGGGCAACCACGUGUAUGUGGACCUGUGGCCCGUGCACGCCGUGAGCGGUGUGCUGCAGCUGGACGCGACGGGCCGCAUCACGUCGGUGCUGGAGGAGCACACGCGGCCCGCGGGCCUGCUGUUUGGGCUGCACCACGACGCCCUGAUUGGCGAGGCGCUCGACAGCCUGGUCACCAUGCCGCCGGGCCGCACCUCGGCGGCUGAGCUGCUGAGUCUGCACGGCGCCAAGAAGAGUAACCUCAAGACCAAGCAGAAGGAUGUGGCGGUCAAGGUGGGCCCGGUGCACAAGCUGCGUGCUACCCACACUGACGGCAAGCCCCUGGUGCUGGACGUGCAAGUGGUGGGCAAGCCCGGGCCCAACGAGCCGGUCAUUGCCAUCCUGCGCCUGCACACCGCACCCAUGGCGCCGGCCGCUGCAGCCUACCCAGCCGCUGCGGCGCCCCCGCCGCCUUCGCUUGGCGGCCCACUGCAGCCUGCGGCGGGCUUGCAGGAGCCGGCGGCCGCGGUCGCGGCUAUUCAGCCUCGGGGCGCUGCGAGCAUUAAGCGGCAGCCCUCGCUCGAUGACCUGAUGGAUAAGGUGGAGGCAGCUGGAAGCCCGGAUGAGAUUGGGAAGAAGCGAAACAGCAAGGAGUCUUCCUCUGUGGGCCAGGUCCACACGCCACCUACUGGCGGCAGCCUCCGACGCAACGACUCCACAGCGCAGCAGAAGCCCCGCGGCAGUGGCGUGGAGGCGGCUGUUGAUCCCGCGGGUGGCGCAGCAGAGGCACCGCUUGCACCGCCGCCCAUGCCUGCCAUGCUGCUGGGCGGCGUGGGGGAUGGCGGGCUGCCUGUGCCCUCCGUGACGGCUGCUGCCACCGGCCGCAACAAGCUGGCAGACCUCGUUAAGUCGGUGGGCGGCGACCAGGCGGGCAGCCAGAAGGCGGCGCUCGGCUCGGGCGACGGCUCGGGUCUGCCUGUGCCCCGCACCCGGCCGGGGGCGACCAGGCGAUCAAGCACGGGGGAUGGCGGCUCGGCUGCGGACCUGCCACACGCCGUGCCUCUUGCCAGGGGUGAGGGCAAGGGUCCGGACGCCGAGAAGGGCAUGGAAGCGCAGUCCGUUGACGGAGAUGAUGAUGACAAGGCGGACAGCGAGGGCGGCGGCAAGGUGAAGGGCGGAGACCGCAUCCUGAGCUGGGUGGCCAGCAAAGGUGCCUUCUACCAGAACUCGGUGGCGGUGGAGGGCGGCGCCAACGCAAAGAGCGAUGACGAGGGCUCUGUCAAGGCGCCCAGCGAUGGCGCCGCCAGCGGCCUGCACGCGCCCCACAGCGACAUGACGGGACUUGCCUACGCUGCUUCGGAGAGGACCGAGCGAACCGUGGCGACGAUGGCAACCAUGGCAACUGCCCGCACCCUGGCAGGCCUGAAGGCCUCUGGCCCGCCAGACUUGCCGUACGCGGAUGACGACGCGGGAAGCGAGGGCGGGCAGAGCGCCAUGUCGGCCCAAUCUUCCAGUGGCGGCGCGGAAUACAAGCGCGGCAAGAGGUUCCGCAAGCUGGUCAAACUGAUGGACUCGGGACAGGCGCAGCAGGUGCAAAAGCGCUUCAAGCUGCACGCGCUCAUUACAGUCGGCAUCCUGGCGGCCGUGCACGUGGUGUGCUUUGCGACGACGCUGGUCGCCAUUGGGCAGCAGCGCGCCAGCAUGCUGCAGCUGGGCCGCAGCGUCGAACUGCAGCUCUCCUUGCACCAGAUCCUUGCAGAUGUGCGCUCCAUGGACGUCAUCACCAAGAACAAGACCCUGCCAACUCUGUACACCGCCGACGACUCCACGAUGUUUUUGGAUCGCAUUGCUGUCAACGCGGAAAAGAUGAAGGAUCGUCUGAACGACAUUUUGGAUAACCACCACGCCCGCGACAGCAGUGUCAUGACCUUGUUUUACUUCACAAACAUCUCGGUCUGGAAUGGACGGGAGCAAAACGGGAGCGACGCCUUCAUAAACGUCACGAUCUGGGAUUUUGGAACGCGCAUCUACUCAAUGACCAAGCUGGUGCAGCAGAGCGGCGCCCAAUGGCUGGCAGACGGUGUUUCCUUUGUCGAUCAGGACCCGGGCCAGUUUCUCAUCAAGUCAGGCCCCGACUUCUUCCGAGCCUCACGGCGGAUCCUGGAUGCGCUGCUGUACGCCGCAGUGGACAGCGCCAAGCGGGUGAACACCCUGCAGCUGGUGUUCCUGGCCGUGGAGGGCGCCGCCAUCAGCUGCGCCGCCGCCUGCUACCUGGCCUACCUGCUGCGGGCGGUGGCGGCGCAGCGGUACAAGCUGUACGGCACAUUCCUGGUCAUACCCGUGGGCCUCACGCGCGCCCUGGCCUCUCAAAACACGACGCUCCUCGUCGACGAGGACGACGACGAGGAUGAGGACGCUGAGGAGGCCGACAAGGCCGCCGCCGCGCAGGCCAACAAUGACGGCAGUGACGGCGAGAACGAGGACGCCGGCGCCAAGCCGGCUGCCAAACAGAAGCGCACGCUCGGCUUCUCCGCUGCCGCGGUCACGCCCAGCGCGGACACCCCGGGCGGAAAAAAGGGCGGGUCCCGCAAGAAGCCUGCUGCGCCGUGGGAAUCCCCGCGUGAGGGCGCUCGCGUGCCUGGUGGUGGGGGUGGUGGGGUGCGCGGCAGCGACGUGCUGCUGCCGGGCGACGACGACGACGGCGCGUCGGGCGUGAUGGCGCACCAGCGCACCUACACGGGCUCCUUCAGCUCGGGCGGCAGGAGCCGGGCUGCGGCUGGCGGCUGCUGGGGCUGGGUGCGGCGGCUGAUGUUCCGGAGCAGGAGCCUUGGCAGCGUGUCUCCGCUGCCCAGCACACGUGUGGGCAGCAUCCUGAACCCGCGUGGCUGGACGGCCAGCAGCCAGCAGGCCUUGGCGGCGGCAGGCCAGCAGGCGGGCUCCAAGCGCACACUCAAGUACGACUCGCACGACACCGCCAUCAUGCUGACGCCCUUCGUGAUGUGGAGCGUGUUAGUCAUUGCCUUCUACGCGUCGGCGGUGAUUGAGAUGCGGGACGUCGUGGACACUGUGGCCGUGCACUCUGUGGUCAACUUCAUGAACGCGCGCACGUCACGCAACGUGUUCCUGAGCCAGGAGCUGGCGGUUGUGGAGGACCCGGCCCUGGUGCCCGCCAAGCAGCUGGCCCUGCAGGCAGGCGUCAAGCUGGUGCGCGACGCGUUCUACACGCUGCAACUCGGAGACCAGGCGUACCGCACUGCAGGCAACGCCACGGAGCGCUACCCACUUGUGACCAAGGGCCUGUCUUUCAAGUCACCCAGGCUGGCAGACCUGUUUUACGGUGGCGGCACCUGCCACCGCCAAUUCCCGGAAUACCUGCCCUGCCCCGGCCCCGAGUACCGCUACUAUGAGAUCUCCCACACCGGCUUUGACACCAUGAUGCAGCAGUUCCUGCGGAGCCUGGAGUCCAUGGCCUUCAACUCCACGGGCCUGCCCCAGGGCCUGGCCAGCCCCAACUUCGACUACAUCUACAACGUGGGCUACAAGGACAUGAUUGGCGCCAUCCUGGAGAUCAAAGAGGAGCACUACAACAUCAUUGUCGCGCUGUUCGACAGAAUCCUGCUCCUUCACAUCAUCCUGUUCCUGAUGCUGUGGGUCAUCUUCGCGGGCUUUCUGUUCAUCUUGCUGAACCCUCUCCUCAAGCGCGUGUCGAAGGAGCGGCGGCGCAUCGCGGAGCUGAUGAGUCAGCUGCCAUUGGAGCUGGACGUCGAGAAGCUGGUGGGCCGGGCGCUGGGCGCGGGCGCGCCGGCGGCCGGCAAUGCGGGCGGCGCGGGCUCAGGCGCCCCGUCCGGAGCAGGGCCUGGCGGUGGUGGGGGCGGCGGCGGCCUCUUUGGGGCUGGUGGAAACAAUGGCGGUGGUCCUGCUGGCCAGGGCGACCAGGGCGCAGACGCCACCAACAAGUGGAAGGCCAUUAUCAAGCAGGCAAGCACCAACUUCAAAUCUGGGAAGCGGGCCAGCGCCGACAAUGUGGCCUGACGGGAAGAGGCCCGGUCCGCAAAAUAAGUUGCACCGCUUGGGGACCACUUGCGUGUGCUCAGUCUCAGUGGUCCGUGACCCUUGCCCGGGCGGGGCUUAGCCAUGUCAAGUAAAGUAUAGGGCCAUGCAGAUCCAUGCAUGCUCUAUUCCGAUAUGGAGUGUGUACUGCUUAUUAUAUUAUUGGUUGCGGGACAACUGCAUUGUGCCAACUUUUUACGUUCAAGGAAACAACCCUACCGUACGCUGCGAGAGCGUUUUGACCCAUUCAUAUUAGCAGUGAUCAAUGCAGCUGUUUUAAGCGGCUACAACCGAUGACUAAGGUACCGUACUGUGAAAUGAGUGAGUGAUGCCAAUGUGGAUGCGCGGCACGGGCGGUGCAUUGCACUCGGGUGCACUUAUGGAUGCCUAUCCGUGCUGGGUCUGCAAGGCGCAAGUGAUUAUGUCAGCUCUGCAACUUCGUUUCGGCCAGUGUGUGGCCUGAGCGGCAGAAGAAUGAAGCUGUUCAAGGAAAAGCUUAGUACCGCGGUGGGUUUGCAUGCGCUCCGCCAGAGCAGUUCGUGGUGCUUGCUUACAGCCAAGGAGCUGAUUCGCAUACGGACAAUUUGGGCGUGCAUUUCUAGGCACGUAGCAUUGUUAAAUGCAGGGCGGAAUAAAUUGCAAGGGGAUUGUGACGCAAGAAAGGCACUGCCUGACCGGAAGUCACGUGCUGAGUGAACCUGACAUUUAUUUCCGUCGAGUAUUAAUGCAGCUCACCCAGGUGCAUUGAGAUACCGCAAACGUUUACAAGCGAACCCUCCACAACCGCCAACCGCCGUGUGCGGAGGGCGGACGUUUGGGUGGAGGGCGGACGUUAGGACCCCUUCAAUGCACGCUCUUUUGACGACAAGGUAGGGCGGACUUUGAAGGAGCUAUAUUAUCUGGAGCUUUCAGUUGCCUUGUAAAAAAAUUUCAGGUUGCUGAUGUUCAGUGGUGUUUGCGGCAUGGCGGCACUGCAUCGGUGCGCUUGCUAUGGCCAUAAGAGUGCAGCCGGCAGCGGCAAACCUAGCUGCCAAACUUUAAACAACUCUACCGCAAUGUAUUUUUAGAAUUACGGCCCCAAUUUAACCAGGAGAAGAGAUAAAGGCCGCGGGCAUGUAGGAGUAGGUGGGGUGUGAGGGCGGUUAACGGGCGGGUUCGUGUGAUGGUGCCACCAUGGUGAACGUUGCCUAAGGGGCUGACUUUGUUAAAUGUGCCUUGUCUGUGGCUCUGGAGCCGCGCGCUUCGGCGCUUGGCCGCGCGGCCGGGUAAGAGGUUCCACUUUCCACGCAUCUGGGCAGCACGACUCAGGAGGAGCUGACGGCGUCUGAUGGUCCGAUGCUCUGAUCAUUCGAUGCUGCAAUGGUCGUGGACGUGCAGGGACCAAAGCGGUCUGUAACCUCGGUUCCUC